AUGUCGGUAAUAGGUGAAGAACAGACCACGUACCGUCAGUCAGGUUUUGACGACAAUUUCGCUGACGUAGUGAUCACACCAAGCUAUUUGCGAAGAGUUCUCGCUCCACAAACCUGUGCUAUCAAUAAGCAAGAGCUCGUGCACCUGGUGAAAAACGAUCACGUUCAGAAGUUACACGAAGCAGUAGAAGCAGCUGACAAUUCGGAGAGGGCGGGGAUUGAGGAUAAGCGACCGAGUAAAGAACAGACCAAGGAAAAGCUUGAAUAA